GUAAAUGACGACGUCGCAGGCGCGCUCUACGAUUUGUAGCCGUUCGAUGACGUUUGUACCGUAAUAUGGCGGCCACCACGAUGGAGACGAAGGAUUACUCCGUUAUGGCAGCGGAUUUGGAGAAACGUGAAUUGGAAUCGCCUGGAGGAAUCGCUACACCUCAGACUUAUGGGCAGUUACUCGCAAUAUAUCUUUUUCAGAACGAUUUGCCUAAUGCUAAAUUACUUUGGAAGAGAAUACCUCAAGGUGUGAAAGAAGCAAACCCAGAAUUGGGACAAAUUUGGAUUGUUGGACAGAAAUUAUGGAAUAGAGACUUUCCAGAAUUAUAUAAAAGUUUAGAUGUCGAAUGGCCGGAUCAUAUUCUACCGAUUAUGAAGGCUUUAAUGGAAUCCACACGCACUAGAGCACUUCAUUUAGCCGCUAAAGCUUACUCUUCGAUAAGUAUCGAAGAUGCUUCCUUAUUUUUAGGUUUGCCUCCCGAUAAAACCAUCGAAGAAGCGGUGGCUUUUGGAUGGACAAACGAUAGAAAUCAGCAUUUGAUAAUGCCGAAGAAACCGGACAUUCCCACCGACGGAGUUGCACCCAGCGAGGAACAGUUGGCAAAACUCACAGAUUUUGUUGUGUUUCUAGAAAAUUAGUAAAUUCAGCCCGUUCAAUGUACGAGUUUUAUUUCGUAAACAUAAAGUUUAUUGGUCACCGUUUAACUAAUGUAAUGCUAUGUAUCGAACGGCAUUAUGCCGUUUUUUCUCGUCUUCGAAAGCAAAUUUUACAAUUAAUUUUAUAAAAUAAAUUUAAAAGAAUCAGAAUUUUGCAUUUGUAUGGUUUGUUAUAUAGUAAUGUAAUAUACUUAUGAUAAUAAUAAAAUAUGAUUAA